UCAAUUUUCAGUCAGUCUGAGUCGGAUCGUGCCGCGAAAAAGUCGUUGCAUUAUUUAGCGCCCGUGUGGAGUGAGCAAGUCGUGCCUUAUCCCGGCCCACUAUUUGCGGCUUAGUGAGGUGGAACGAACCCAAGUUGAACAACAGAGCGGGGAGGUCAAAUGGUGUGAAUGCGCUCCCUCCAGCUUAAUUAGCUUUUAAUAAAUCCUGACCGCAGCAUCCGCCACAGGGCGGCACUUUUAGUUCGAGGAAGGUGGAGAAGGAUAACAAAACGGGAGGGAAACGUGGCGAAUGGUUAGACUGGUGAGGGGUGGCUGCUGGUCGGCGUAAUUUGCAUCGCAAACAUUUUUUAUCGCCUGUUGGUUCAUUUGAGAGGUGAAAGGAGCGCAAAAGCCGCAGUAAAAAAUCCACGGGAAGUGCGAAAGGACCUGACCCGCAACUGUGCAGUUACUGAAUAGGUGUGUAGUAGGCGGGGUGAUUGUUAGGGCGCCAACCAGAAUUAUCAACAAAGUUGGCGUUGGAUUAAGGUGAGAAACAUUGUGCGCGGUGAGAACAAUAAACUUUGUGUUUCGGUUGAAGUGGGAAUUUAAUUGCAUCGAAUAGUGUUGGUAGAAGUGUUAAAGGUUCAUCACCAUGGUGAAUGCGGGAAAAAUUCAGCAAUCAACUCGCAGGAUGUUGAGCAAUCAGAGCAGCAGUGAUUCGAUGGAGCUGCAGAAACGGUGCCACUUGAGUGAGAAGUGGGUCGCUGUGCUCUUUACAGUUGUCGCAUCCCUUGGAUACGUAUCGGUGGGCACGAUGGUGGCCUGGAGCUGCAAUGCCUUUGCCAAGUUGCACCUCGGCAAUUUGGGCGAUCCUUUGAAGGAGCAACCGGUGGCCCUGGUAGAGGGCGAAGAGCUAUCCGAGAACCAAAAGACAUCGCUGGCAGCGACACCUACCCUGGCGGCCGCUGUGACUGCCAUUGUCGUUUACAAGCUGUAUUACAAGGUCGGUACCAAGCUGUUCAUGCUGGUGGCGGCUUUCCUGAUGAUCGCGUCCAAUUGCUUGCUGAGUUUUGGAAACUCGUUUUGGUACUUCAGUGUUGGCCGGAUGAUGGCGGGUGUUUCCGCUGGUAUUAGUUUCACGCUGAUCCCUCCGUACGUGGACGAGUUCGCCUCCAAGCAGUACAAAGCAUUGCUGGACAAUGUGCUGUACGUGCAGUUCGCGAUUGGAAUACUGAUCCAACUUAUGUCCGAUCUCAUCCCCAUCACGGAGUUCUCGAGCGUGAUCAGCUCGGCCUUCCCGAUAUUCUUGUUCAUCGGCUUCCUGUUCCUGCCGGAGUCGGCCCGCUACCUCUGUGCCACCCAACAAAUCAACCAUGCCCGGGCCAUCCUCAAGAAGACCCACGGCAACGAUGCACUUUCGAUCCAGAUCAUGGAGAACAAUCUCAACCACUGGCAGCAGUCCAAAUACGUGGCCGUCACGCUGCGCGAGUCCCUUCGGAAGCUGCAAAACUCCCGCAUCGUCAUACCCACGUUGAUUCUGAUCAUGGCACAGCAGUUCAUCGGUGCCAUUGCGGCCAUGUUCUACCUCCCGCGGAUCUUCACCCUCACCGACGGUCAGUACACGCCACAGUGGACCGCAAUCUACGUGGCCGCUAUCUUUGCCCUCAGCAUUCCCGCCUACCGACUCGUGAACAUCAAACUGCCCGACUACAAGCUGCUCCUGUGGAGUUCCUUCCUGAUGGUCGUGGCGAUGAUCGGGCUCGGGUGGCACUGCCACGUUCAGGGAAUGCGAGGCCACUCGGACGAAAAUGGCCACAUCCCCCUCGUCUGCUUCGGACUCUUCAUCUUCCUGUACGCGAUCGGUUUCCAGCGGAUCCCGUGGAAGUGGCUCGAAAAAUCACUGGAGGAGGAAAAGGCUUUCCCGGUGCGAGCCAUUGCCGUUGCCAUUAGCUGGGCUUCUCUGUACGUUUGCGUCCGUCUGGUACCGACGCUGCUGACCUACAUCGGAGUUGGGUGGCUCUUCUGGAACAUUGCCAUUGUGGUGAUUUUUAGCGCGGUGUUCCUGCUGGUGGCUUUCCCCGAUAUGGACCAGACCGACGUUCCGAGUAGGACGCUUGCCGAGUGUAGCAGUUCGUCGUCGGCAUCGAAUUUGGGUGCGAUCGAAGAUGUGGUUUAGAGGUUGGGAUCAACCACGACGAACCCACAAUUUAAGACUGAUCGGAGAGGCACUCACUCAAGUUAUAGCCAGAUCGAUAGACGACAGGGGAUUGAAGAGAAGAACUCUCUGAUCUCGAGUAAAGUUGAAGGUUUUAUCACGGUACGCAAAACCGCUGCUAAACCAAACUCACUAGAGAUCUCAAAGUGCUCAAUCUACGGUAAAAUCAAUUAAGUGAAAUUUUGACUCGAAAUUUUGCGAUGCAUUAGAAAAACACGAUUGUUUGAUAUGCUAGUUUUUGUUUCUAAUUAAAUUUGUGAUAGUUUGAGGUAACAAAAAAUGCAGUUAUGCUUUAAUUAAAAACUUUUUUUAUUCUAUUGGCAGAGACGAAAAAGUCUAAUUAGUACCUACGUUAUUCUUUUUUAGGCAUUCCAGAUGACGUCUAAUAUCCUCAUUCUACUUUCUCUUCUUCUUCUCAUUUGCUUAUUAGUUGAAUAAGAAGAUUUAUUUUAACAAGUUGAGUGCGUAAGUGACGUUGAGCGUCGUUGGUAGCUUUGCCAUGCUUGGAAAUCGAAUUAUAUACGUAAUACAUUUGCCAAUGAAUAGUAAUGUAUGUUUGUUUCUUCUAUUAAAUAAGAUUUAAUACAUAGAUGUUUGCUCAAAUCGAGCAGUAUAUUUA